AUUUAAAGAAGACCGGAGACGUACUCGACACCGAGAGAGAGCAAUUCAUUGAGGAUGGCAUGAUGGGUGGGACCACGACACAACAGUAACCAGAUAUUUAUAUGCGAACUGAAACUAUUCCAAGGAAAAAAAACUCAAAGUCAUUACUGAGAGCAGAAAUGGAGAAGAGAGGAUUUCAGCAGGAUAAUAUCUCUUGUUCCUUCUGCUUGGAGAUACUGAAGGAUCCAGUGACUAUUCCCUGUGGACACAGCUACUGUAGGAACUGUAUUAACUACCACUGGGAUAGAGAAGAUCAGAGGAGAAAAUACAGCUGCCCUGAAUGCAGGAAAGAGUUCAUACCAAGACCUGCCCUGGUGAAGAACAUCACAUUAGCAAAGAUGGUGAUGGAUCUAAAGAAGACUGAACAUAAAGCUGCUCCACCUAUUGACUGCUAUGUUGAACCUGAAAAUGUGGCCUGUGAUGUCUGUACUGGGAGGAAGAGAAAAGCUGUCAAGUCCUGUUUAUCAUGUCCAGCUUCUUACUGUGAGAAUCACCUCCAACCUCACCAUGAUGCUCCACCAUUGAAGAAACACAAGCUGGUGAAUCCAUCCAAGAAUCUCCAGAACAACAUCUGCUCUCGUCAUGAUGAGGUGAUGAAGAUCUUCUGUCGUACUGAUCAGCAGAGUAUCUGUUAUCUCUGCACUAUGGAUGAACAUAAAGGCCAUGAAACAGUCCCAGCUGCAGCAGAAAUGGAUGAGAAGCAGAAGAAGCUCCAGGAGAGUCGACAACAAAUCCUUCAGAGAAUCCAGGACCAAGAGAAAGAUGUGAAUCUGCUUCAACAGAAGGUGGAGGCCAUCAAUGUCUCUGCUGAUAAAGCAGUGGAGGACAGUGAGAAGAUCUUCACUGAGCUGAUCCGUCUCCUCCAGGAAAGAAGCUCUGAUGUGAAGCAGCAGAUCAGAUCCCAGCAGGAAACUGAAGUGAGUCGAGUCAAAGAUGUUCAGGAGAAGCUGCAGCAGGAGAUCACUGAGCUGAAGAGGAAAAACGCUGAGCUGGAGCAGCUCUCACACACAGAGGAUCACACCCAGUUUCUCCUCAACUACCCCUCACUGCCAGCACUCAGUGAGUCUACAGGAUCAUCCAGGAUCAACAUCCGUCCUCUGAGACACUUUGAGGACGUGACAGCAGCUGUGUCAGAGCUCAGAGACAAGCUACAGAAAAUUUUGAAAGACACAUGGAGAAGAAUUUCACUGAGAGUCACAAUGAUGAUCGUUGCAUUGCCAGAACCAAAGAUCAGAGUUGAGUUCUUCAGGUGUUCACAAAAAAUCACUCUGGAUGCAAAUUCAGCAAAUAGAUUACUGUUAUUAUCUGAGGGUAAUAGAAAAGUAACAAGAAUGAACCAACAGCAGUUUUAUCCUGAUCAUCCACACAGAUUCACUGUUUGGCCUCAGAUCCUGAGUACAGAGAAUCUGCCUGGACGUUGUUACUGGGAGGUGGAUUGGAGCGGAGGAAGCGUUAAUAUCGCAGUAUCAUACAAGAACAUCAGCAGAUCAGGACGCUCAGAUGGAUGUUCAUUUGGAUUCAAUGACAAAUCUUGGUCACUGCGCUGUAACAGAAAUAGUUGUACAUUUUGGCACAACAAAAGUCAAACUCCAGUACCAGGUCCAGUUUCCUCCCGAGUCGGAGUGUAUCUGGACCACAGAGCAGGUAUUCUGCGUUUCUACAACGUCUCUGGAACCAUCAGUCUCCUCCACAGAGUCCAGACCAGAUUCAUUCAGCCUCUGCAUGCUGGGAUUAGACUUUCUGAAGGAUCAUCUGCUGAGUUUGUUAAACCUAAAUAGUCAGCAGUGACAUGAUGACCAAUUAGUUCAAAUGUGUGUUUUAGUUUAAGUCUUUCAGUCUCCAUCGUUGUUGUCAUUUCUUCACUUCUCAGACAUCAGCUGUUGUUACGGAGCUACUUUGUCAUGUUGACAUCCAUUCAUUUUUAGAAACUGCCCCAGGGCAAUUGUGGCUACAAUCCAGUCAUUUGACGCCACCUGUUUGUGAGAGAUUGAAUGUAAUGUUUUCCAGAUUUGAUAAGGUCAAAGUUAAAUGGACAAAAAAGGCCAUUUAACUUUUUUGUCCAGGCCUGUUUCAUUAAUUUGCUUGUUAAGAUGAUUUUGUUGAACCACAUUUCAAAAGCAAUGUCUGAUUUUCAUUGGUUAA